UAUCUAGACAUGUUUUCUUUCAAACUUUUCUUUGUAAUUUUCUUUUUCACCUCCGCCAGUUCUAUCAGAACUGCAAAUAGGGCAAGUGUAAAUCGGCGCAUAAGAUACAAGGUAUCGCUGGAUAUUGAACCUGCUGCAGGAGACAGCUCGGUCGGGUUAGGAGAAAUAAUGGAUGAUAGCAUGAUAGACAAAUUAGAAGCAGACAGCAAGGAUGAUGGUAUAGGAUUUGACUGGUUUAAGGAGGCUGAGGCUGAUACUGAGGAGGAGGAUGAGGCUGAGGAGGAGGAAGAAUUGAUACCGCUGAAGAGGAGAGGUCCAUUGUGUUAUAAGAAGAGAGAGGGUAAGGGUUGCUCGACCAAUUUUAAGGGGCUGAGGAGAAAAGAUAGUUGGUGGGUUUUCAAAAGGUAUCGCUGUGUUGUGAAGGUGUACUCGUCAAGAGAAGACUUUGACUGCGUGAUUUAUAUGAGACACGAUGAAGAAGAUCAACGGAUGAUAAAUGAGAGAGGGAUAAGGUACACGGUGGAGUAUAACUGGAGGAAAAUGUUGGAGCUAGGCUACGAGGAUUCAGAUACAGAGAUAAGUGAGACGAGUGUUAAAAAGAAUAAAAAGAGAAAGAAAGGGAAAACGGUGAGAAAAAAGAAGGGAAAGAAUAAGCGGAAGAAAAAAGGUUGAUGAUAUGUCGUUGUGCGGCAAUAUGAGGCAAUUGUAAGGAGUCUGCAGAUGUUGGAGAUGAUGGUGGUCUGAUAUCUAGGAGUGGAGAUAGAGAGA